AUUACCACCAAUUCGUAGAAGACUAGUUUUUGAAAAUUACAAAAAUGAUGCAUUUAAUCUUUGUCAUCCAUGGCACAUCUUUCAAAUGGUGGAGCUCACAGAAAUAAUGAGACAAAAAAAUGACCAACCAUUCAGUGCACUUUUGAAUAGAUUUAGAACGGCAAGUCAAACAGAUCAUGACAUUCAGUGUAUUCAAUCAAGAUCAAUUUGCCAAACAGAUGCUAAUUAUCCCUCAGAUGCUCUACAUAUAUGGGCAGAAAAUAAGCCAGUAGAUGAACACAACAGAAUGAAAUUAGAGCAAAUACCUAAACCAAUGUUUAUUGUGAGAGCAACUGAUGAAUAUCCUAAGAAUGUAAACAAACAAGAUAUUGACAGAGUAUUGUCGAGAGGAAGAUCUGAAACAGGUGGACUUGAUUAUGAAUUCCAUUUAAAAGAAACUGCAAGAGUAAUGCUUACAUCUAAUAUUGACAUUGCAGACAGGCUAAUUAAUGGUCAAAUUGGUACUGUAGUAAAAAUAGAUGCCAAUCCAAACACUCAAAAACCUUCAAUAAUAUACAUCAAGUUUGAUGAUAACAAAGCAGGAGAAAACAAGAUCAAUAAUGGUAAUAAUCAAUAUGCCAAACAACACAAAGUGGUACCUAUAGAACCAAUAUUGAUAAAGAUUAAAGUCAGACCUAAUAAACCAUCCUCACCUGAAAUACAAAGAACCCAAUUUCCAUUGACACUAGCAUGGGCUUGCACAGUACAUAAAACUCAAGGACUGACUUUAGACAGAGUUGUAAUUAGCUUUGAUUUAAACAGGCAAAAAAACUUUAACUAUGGACAGGUAUAUGUUGCAUUAAGUCGUGCAAAAACGUUGCAAGGUAUUCACAUACUUGGAAAAAUUGAACACAAGCAUGUCAAGGCAAAUGCAAAAGUACAUGAUGAGUAUGAACGAUUAAGAAAAGACUUCACAAAACUCAACAUAAGUGAUUCUACUCAACAGAAUAUAAGUGACCCAGCAAACACAUUGACGAUUACUCUACUUAACAUCAGGUCUCUUAACAAACAUAGUAUUGACGUAAAAUAUGAUUCUGCUGUAUUCAAUAGUGAUGUUUUAGCUUUUACAGAGACACAACUUUUUCCUAAUACCAAUGUCUCUAUAAACUAUGGUUUGUAUCAAGUGACAGUCUAA